AUGAAGCAUCAAGAAUUCUGGUGCCUAGGUCGAGUGACGGAGGCUACGCUUGCCACCGAACUCCUCAAUCCUACCUCUAACCCUUCGAAAUUCCCAACUCCAACGACCGUCAGAGAAACAAAACAUCCAGCGCCGUCAAUACAGCAGCGCUCGCCAGCUUCACACUCCCAGCUCUGUUCGGACGCCCUGCACCGUCCGUCUCGCCCGCCGUACAGUGCACAGGAGGCUGACGGGGUAUCAGGAUUCAACGUUGAGACUGUCGAAUACAAGAACAUUCAGUUUACCGUGUGGGAUGUCGGUGGUCAGGACAAGAUCCGUCCAUUGUGGAGACAUUACUUCCAGAACACCCAGGGUAUCAUUUUCGUCGUUGACAGCAACGAUCGUGAUCGUGUCGUCGAGGCCAGGGAAGAGUUACAGAAGAUGCUCAACGAGGACGAGCUACGGGACGCCCUGCUCCUUGUCUUCGCCAACAAACAGGAUUUGCCCAACGCCAUGAGCCCAGCCGAGAUCACCCAGCAACUUGGCCUACAGUCCUUGAACAGACGUGCCUGGUACAUCCAAUCCACCUGCGCCACCACCGGAGACGGUCUCUACGAGGGUCUCGAAUGGCUUGCCGGUGCCCUGAAGAAGGCUGGUCACGAGUAA